GAAUAAUAGAAGAGGCUUAUCGCAUGUUUGCUUCACGCAAACAACUAAAUGUGAGAGAGAAAGAGAAAACAAAGAGAGAGAGUUCGUUUUUUUUUUUGGUUUUUUUUUUAUGUGGUUAGCUUUGUCGUCGCGUGGCUUUAAAGGCUUUCUUCUCUAUACUCUUACCAAAACCUAAUCCUCCUCUCUUGAUUCCCUUGUCUCAACAUCUUCUUCUCUUCUUCAAACAACACCACUCAUAAUCUCAAUAUUUUCUUCUCAACAAAUCAAAAACCCUAAACACAAGAGAAAGAGAGAGCAACAACUCGUUGAUUGUGUGGGGGUGGCCAUGAGCGGUGGUGGGAACACAAUCACCGCCGUGGGAGGCGGAGGGGGCAGCAGCGGGGGUGGAGGAAGUAGUAGUGGCAGUGGCGGUGGUGGUGGCCCAUGUGGUGCUUGUAAGUUUCUAAGGAGAAAGUGUGUGCCGGGAUGUAUAUUUGCACCCUACUUUGACUCGGAGCAAGGCUCAGCUUAUUUUGCGGCAGUGCAUAAAGUAUUCGGAGCCAGUAACGUGUCGAAGCUCCUUUUGCACAUACCAGUUCAUCGGAGGUCCGAUGCUGUCGUAACCAUUUGCUAUGAAGCUCAGGCUAGGAUCAGGGACCCUAUCUAUGGUUGCGUCGCUCACAUCUUUGCUCUUCAGCAACAGGUAGUGAAUCUACAAGCGGAAGUAUCUUACUUACAAGCCCAUUUGGCAUCACUAGAGCUACCUCAGCCACAAACGCGGCCACCGCCUCUAUCGCAGCCGCAACCGCUCUUUUUCACUCCUCCUCCGCCUUUUUCCAUAGCCGAUUUACCUGCGUCAGUCUCACCUUUACCCUCAACCUACGACCUAGCCUCCAUCUUCGAUCAAACGACACCAUCUUCGGCAGCGUGGGGCACGCAACAGCGAAGAUUCGUUGAUCCACGCCAGCAAUACGGUGUAUCGUCUUCUUCUUCUUCUGCUGCCGCCAUAGGACUUGGUGGUGGAAAUAGUGACCUUCAAGCAUUAGCACAUGAACUCCUCCACAGACAAGGAUCUCCUCCACCAGCAGCAACCGACGACUCGCCGUCUCGGUCUAUGUCUAGAUGAGUUGGUUUUGAUUGAUACAUCUACCCUUUGUUAUUAGGAAAAUUAAAUUACUACUCAAUAAGAAUUUAAUUUUCUUUCGAAUGUUACUUAUAAGGACUGUUGAUUAUAAUUUUUCUAACAUUUACAUCGUAUUACUAUUACUACUGUAUUUUCCCUUCUUUUUCUGGUGGGUAUAUCUUAUUUGCCGUUAUAUAUUUUCAACUUA